AUAAUGAUAGCGCCGGACUUUGCUCAACCGAGUAGCUUAUAAAUUCGGCUCGAACCAUUAUCCGUUCGUAACUUUAUCUAUGGAUAGAAAGGUAUUUUUAAACGAGUUUCACACUGGAUGUCCCAGUUUGGAGACACACCAAGACCAGAUGUCAGACUCAACCUCAACUAACAGUUUUAUUGGAAGCUAUUGCCAGCCUCCAGACAGGAUACGACCAGUGCCAAGGAAGCUGGAGGUCCCUGGACACACAACGAGAAACACAAACUUGCACACAAGCAGCACUCGGGUGUUUCAGAACAAACCCAGUAUCGUCAGCCAAGGUGUUGUUGAUGCACUGAAGACCCUGCAAGAGAAAAUUAGGAAAUUGGAGCUUGAAAGGAAGCAAGCAGAGGAAAGUUACCAGAAAUUCUCCCAAGAUAUUCAGAAGCACAGUCAGUACAUGGCUUCUUCUAAUGUGUACAACCAGCCAGCGGUCGGCCUGUCUGAUGCAGAUAAUGCCAGCAGGAGAGAGCUCGAUGUGAAGCUGCAGUCCACAGAAGUUUGCUGUCACCUCCUUGAGAAGCAGCUUGACUGCAUGAGCAAGAUGGUUCAAAAUGCAAAGAAGGGGAGACAUGUUGUGUUUGAAGAAGAGGCUUCACUUCAGAGCCAAAAUCGACCAAAACGUUCAAGCACUCAAACUCGGCAAGAAAAGCUGGAGAAAUUUGAGUCCGAUUAUCUAAAGGUCUGCACAACCCAAAGUCUGGCAGAGCUGCAAAUGGAGUUUGACCUCAACAUUCAGCCACCCAGUUCAGCCGCUGAAAAGAUGAACCCAAAGAGACAAACCAAAAGGACUAUCAAGAAAAAAUUAAGACCGAAGCAGUCGGCACCACCGAGCGAGCUAAGGUACAAAAAAGUGCCUUUUGUUGCAGGAACAUCGACAAGCCCCAGCCAUUCAGUACACGCCAACUUGCAAAGUGUGCUUCAUAUGAUGAAGCAUCACCAGCCCCAGCUGUGCGAGCAAGUGUGUCAGCUGCAAAGGGCCGGCUCCGGGGCCAAGAAAAGCCUGAAAAAGAGCUUCUCACCUGACAGCAGGUCUGAGCCACCAACCGAGCCCCUGAGCUUGCUUUCAGACCUGCUCCUGGCUCUGCAGGAUGAGCUCGGGCGAAUGAGCUUUGAACAACAGGAGUUAAUGCAGCAGUUAGAUGCAGCUGAACAACAGGAGCACAGGCUGGACCUACAGAGGGAGCUGGAAAGUUUGGCUGCAAGGAUGGAGGAGAAAGGAGCACAAAUCACUCAAGUCCGCAAACACCAGCAGGCGGUCCAGAAGUUGAGCAUGGCCACUCGGCGCUGCCCUGCUGAGUGCACAGAUGAGGCAGCAGUGAUCAGGCGUCCAAGUCUGCCAGCCGUCACAGUGAAGCCACAGAGGAAGAAAGUUAGGGCCACUCAAAAGAACCUGAAACUUUGCAACUACCUGAAAGAGGAUGACUGUUGUUGGGAGACAUAAGGAGCUAUUAAACCCACAUAUAAUAAAGUUGUACUUAUUCAUUUACAAACACGAGGUUACUCUGGCCUGUUUUCUUCUCUACAGACAUAAAUUGUUCGACAGUGAUUUGUGCCUGUGAACAUCACCGUGAUGGACUACGUGCUUGUAGUGAUGUUGAGCUUUAUUUCAAGAGUUUGUCAAAAUAUGAUACUGUUUAAAAUUUACAGCCUCUCCAUUUUCACAGACCAUAAGUAAUUGGACAAACAGUGAAGAUCAUUGUUGAUAGGCUGCAUUUGUGUGAUGAUUUACAUGUUAUGAAAUGUACAGUGAAUUUUGUUGUACUGUGUUUCUAGUUUGGGGCCUAUAUUUAUUUAAUAUUAUUGUUAAUAAAAGCCACUUAGUGUUUUCUUUCAUAAGUUGUAACUUGUGUGUUAAUUUGCAUUUAUUUCUAAACAUUUUUAAUUCUAUUUAAAAUAUAGGGAUGCCAAUCCUCCUGUACACAGGAAUUUUUUUUUUUUUUUUUCCAAUAACGUGUCAUUUUUUUAAAAUCGUGUUUAAAGUGAAUGUACGCAUUUCUUGGAGUGUAUAUAUAUCUUU